UAAUGAUUUAAUAGAAAAUAUAAAGAAUAUAGAAAGUUUGUACAUGGAUAGUAAUAUAUUGGAGACUAACAACCAAGGUAGUAAUAAUUUUAUAAAAAAAUCAAAAGAUAAAGGAAAUGUGAACUUAUUAAAAGAAAAAGAUAAUAGGCACAAUGAAAGAAACAAAAUAAAAAGUAACAAAUCGAAUACACCCCUUGAAAAAUUAUCCUUGUCAGUAUCGGCAUCAAACUCGAGAACUGGAUCAACAUCGACAUUAAAAUCAAGACAUACGUCUAGGUCUAUAAGUGGUUCUUGGUCAAACAGUUAUAAAAAUAAACGAAACAACCAAAAAAUAAAACAUAAAAGAAGUAGUAAAAGCAUUGCAAGUUAUGAUACGAGCAGAAAUAGCAGCAGUAAUAACAGUAGUGUAUCAUAUAAAAGCAGAACAACAAAACAUAAAAUUAAACAAAAACGAACAAAUAGCUCUAGUUACGAGAAAAAAAGAAACGGACAGUAUGAUGAUAAUCACAAAGAAAGAAAAAGAGAAAAGAAAAUAGAUAAAACAAAUUAUAAAUAUGGAGAUAGGGACCGAGAUAGGGAUUGUUACAUGGGUCGGGAUAGGUAUAAAGACUAUGAUAGAGAUAAGAGAAGAUAUAAGUAUAAAGAUGAUAGGUAUGUGGAUAGGCAUACCGAUAAACAUGCUGAUAGAAACACAGAAAGACAUAGUGAUAGGUCUACAUAUAGGUAUACAAAUAGGCAUACUGACAGGUCCACACAUAGGCAUACAGAUAGGUCCGCAAAUAGGCAUACAUAUAGGUAUACAAAUAGGAAUACUGACAGGUCCACACAUAGGCAUACAGAUAGGUCCGCAAAUAGGCAUACAUAUAG